AUGAGCAAUAGUCGAUCUGAGGAACAAAAGAAGAACAAACCAAGAGAGGGCGAGUCUGGCUCAAUUGCCAACAAAGGUGAUAUUGACGACUUUAACAAAAAAGUUAAUUCUGAUAUAAACAACAAAACUACUAGCGUCAAUGGAGCCACAAAUAAGCCAAAGCCACCCACACAAGCUCCACCAGAGGCUCCAAAGAAGAAAGUCAGUAUUAGGGACAACACCACAUUUUCCUGGAAAAACGUUGGUGGUUGGGAUGUUGAAGACAAUACCGACAAGAAGGCAUUAUUGAAGAAUACCAAAAAGGUCGAAGGAUACAUUAUUGAUCACUUUUACGGUGACUGGUAUUGGAAUUGUGCUCUUAUUAUUGGUACUUGUUUCUUUUCUUGGUUUUUUGCUAGACUCGGAGGUGGCAUUUUAUCACUUGGAUUGGUUUUAUUAUUCACCAAUUCUGUUUAUCGCUCGGAGAUGAGAAGAUUCAACCGUAAUAUCAGAGAUGACUUGACCAGAGUAAAGGCUGAUAAUCGUUUGGUGAACGAAUUGGAAACUAUGGAAUGGAUGAAUUCUUUUUUGGACAAGUUUUGGGUGAUUUACAUGCCAGCGUUGUCUGAAACUGUUAUGUUUCAAGCGAACGAAAUUUUGAAAGAUCAAGCACCAGGUUUUGGUAUUGAUGCGUUAUCUUUAGACGAAUUCACCUUGGGGUCCAAAGCUCCAAGAGUCGACUCUAUUAAGUCAUACAGCAAAACUGGCCAGGACUUAAUUGAAAUGGACUGGGCUUUCUCAUUUGCUCCAAAUGAUACCGACGAUAUGACAAAAAAUGAAAUCAAAAGAAAAAUUGAUCCAAAGGUUGCUCUUGGUGUGACUGUUGGUAAAGCCUUUGUUUCGAAAACCUUGCCUAUUUUAGUCGAAGACAUGUCGUUCACUGGUAGAAUGAAAGUGAGGUUGAGACUUUCGGCAAACUUCCCACAUGUCAAGAUGGUUUCUGUCCAGUUUUUAGAAGCACCAGAAAUUGAUUACGCCUUGAAACCAGUCGGUGGUGACACUUUUGGUAUUGAUAUCAUGUCGUUUAUUCCUGGGUUGUCCAAGUUCGUGAACACUAUCAUUCAUGCUACUUUAAGACCAAUGUUUUACGCACCCAACUGGUUUGAUGUUGACGUAGAAGAGAUUAUGGCCGCACAAUCUAACGACUCAAUUGGUGUUGUCGAAGUUACCGUUAAACGCUGCAGAAAAUUGAAAACUGGUAAUCCUACAAAGCCAAAGAGUCUUAACCCAUACGUUCAAAUCAAAGUUACCAAUAAUGGGAAAAUCGAUGAAAGAACAAAAACUAAGAAAUUGGUCAACGACCCAAUAUUUAUGGAAACAAAAACUAUUUUGGUUAACCAGUUGGAAGGAAAUUUCUUGCAUUUUAACGUAUACAAUCUCAUUGAAGAUAAAAUGGACGAUCAGUUGAUUGGGAAUUGCGAAUUUGGCUUGGGUGAAUUGUUGCAAGAAGAAACCAUUCAAGGUAUCACAAAGAAUAUAAUGGAAGGUGGGAAAGUUGUUGGUAAGAUGGAAUUGGAUAUCAAGUAUUUCCCAACUAUACAACCAACUAUUUUAGAAGACGGUUCAAAAGAAGUGAUUACAGAUAACGAAGUUGGUAUUAUGAAAUUAACUUUACACGAAGCUAGGGAUUUGGAUAUUUCCAAGUCAGUUAUUGGUUUAUUGAAUCCGUAUGCCGAGAUUUAUGUCAACAACGAAAAGGCUAAAACUUGCCGUAGAUUAAGACAAACUAACGAACCUGGUUGGAAUGAAUCUUUUGAGAGUUUGAUCAAACAACAAUCUGAAACGUCUAUUCAAGUGUUGGUGAGAGAUUCUGUCAAUUCGGAUAUUGUUGCCAAUUUGGAAGUUAAUUUACAAGAUGUUAUUUUUGAAUCCCAAAGAGGACAGCAUUGGUUUACUUGUCCUCCACUUUCCAAGAAUGGUCCUGCUCCAAAGAUUAGACUUACGACAAGUUGGAAGCCAUUGGCUAUAGAUGAGGCUACAAGUGAAAAGGUUGUCCGUAAUGCUCCAAUUGGUGGUAUGAGAUUACAUUUGAGAGGGGCCAAGGGUCUUAAGAAUUUGGAAUCUGUUGGAUAUGUUGACCCAUACGUUAGGGUAAUGUUGAAUGGUAAGUUAAGAGCCAAGACUGUCACGUUUGCAGAAACUGUCAAUCCUCAAUGGAACAGUGUCUACUUUUUACCAGUUGCCAAUGAGCAUCAACAUUACUUGCUUCAAAUUAUGGAUGCUGAACCGGAAGGCAAGGACAGAUCAUUAGGUACUGCUGCAAUUAAUAUUGCCGACAUCUUGAGAAAGAAUGAGGAAGGAUAUUAUUUGGGAUAUGAUGGAUCCGACGAAAUCAUUGAACAACCCGUAUUGUUCAAUACCAAGGAGGCUGGUUCUAUUUUUUACUCUAUUUCAUUCUUUCCUGCUAUUCCAACUUACUCAUUGUCUCAAUUGCAUAACAUGGAAACCUACCAAAAGGAGUUAAGUGAACAAGAAGAAAGAGAGAAGGAAAGAUAUGCUAGAGAUGAAAAGUUGUUCAAAGAAAACCCCGAAGAGUUUGAAUGGAUGGAGAUUGAAAACAAGCACAUGAAGGUGCCACCAAAGGUUGAAUUAAAAUUACAGGACGCUAUCAAGUACAGGGCCGGUAACAUGAUUGUUCAUUUGAAGGGUGGUCAAUUUGAAAAGCCAGAUGUUUAUGUUCAUACCUUGUUUGAUGAGCAGGCAUACCCUUCAGGUAUAUCACCUUUAUCUGAGGGCAAAAAAUUGACUACUGCAUCUGUGGGUGAGGCUUUUAUUCGUGAUUUGCCAAACUCCAAUUUGAUUUUCAGGGUUGCCAAAGUGGCUGAAGUCACUAAAUCUAGUGAAGUUAUUGUUGAAAAAAUGUACAACACUCUUGACAUUUACGAAAAAUCCUUUGAGAAACCAAUCAAAUUGAAUCUUGGCAAUCGUAACACCAUUGAAGUUCAAUUAGAAUUUAUUCCUUCCACUGUAAAAUUGGCUCCAUUGGACACUAUUUUGGAUGUUGGUAAAAUUAAAUUAGAAAUUAUCGGUGGCGAGAACUUGAAGUCUGUUGAUUCGAAUGGUAAAUCAGACCCAUUGUGUACUGUGAAUCUUGAUGGUGUUGAAGUAUACAAGACUGACAAGAAGAGAAAGACUUUAGAUCCAAUUUGGAAUGAAUCGGUUGAAUUCCCAAUGAUCUCUAGAUCCCGACAAGUUUUAUUGGUCGAAGUGUACGAUUGGGAUUAUACACAUGAUGAUGAAUUGUUGGGUGUUGCCAAUAUAGAUUUGUCCAACAUUCCUGCCUUAACCACCACACCUUUUUCCGUUGAUUUGGAUACUCAAGGAAAAGUCAAUUUGAGAGCUACAUUCUUCCCAGAGUAUAUAAGACCACCUUUGGAUUCAAAAUCUGCUUUACCAAUCGACCUUGGUGCAGUUUCUGAUGUUGGUGUGAAAGCUGUAGGAGGAGCAGCCAAUUUAGCCACUGGUGUAGUUGGAGGUGGUAUUGGAGUCGCAAGUGACCAAUUGAGUAAAGGUACUGGGUUCCUUAAAAGUUUCAAAAGUAAAAGAGGUAGAAAUAGUAACCACAAGAACAGUAAUGAUGACUCGUCUUCGUUAGCGCCAAGUGCUUUAAGUCAAGGUAAGAGUUCAGUGUCAGAUGAUGGUGUCAACAAUUUGAAACCAGAUAUUCCUGAAGAAGAAAAGGAGUUGAGAGAGCAACAGGGAGAAGAGAUCGAGAGCAUACAAGCUGUUCCAAAUAUUCGUGAACAAGAUUUACCCAAACCACAACAACCAUUUGUUCCUCAAGGUAAUGUGAGAGGCCAUCAGAGAAAUGUUAGUAAUGCGACUGACGUGUCAAGUUUUGCCGCUAGUAUUCACGGUGCCGAUGCAAUUCCAGGUAGGUUGACCAUUGUGGAAGCACGCAAUUUCAAAGCUGGAGACAAUUUAGAAGUUAAGGCAUCUUUGAAAACCUCAACUAAAGAUAAACUGUUGAUCAAAACAAGAGGUACUAAAUUUGACAGCGUUUCUGAUACAUACAAGUGGGGCGAAAGUGUUCCUUUUAGAAGCUCACCUUCUGGAAGUAUUGUUUUACAGUUGAGAGAACAUCAUACUUUUGGUAAGAGCGUUGUUUUAGGAGAAGCAAGUUUGAAUUUGGAAAACUAUGUUAACGUUAGCGAAAACAUCACUUUGCCAGUCGGGUCGGGAGAGUUGGUUGUAAAUGUAAAGUAUUUUACUUGA